CCCUGGCCAGCCACUAACACCCCGGGCCGCUCACGGGACUCGGCUUGUGCCGGUUUGGAUCGGCCGUUCCCCAUGGGGUUCGGACGUCAGCGCUGAAUGCCAUCCACUCCCCCGGGUCACUAAAUGCACAUACACACACUUACCACUUUCUUUAACUUCUGGCAGCUGCUGCGACUACGAUCGCGAGCUCAAUUGAAGCUCUAGAAUGUCUUUCCCGACAACAUCAAGGGAAAUGCUGUUCCUAUCCCGGCAAUUAGGGCGCCAGUGCACCCACUCCCGGUUACUGCCGCCCCGCAGUCGCAACCUGGUCACGCCAGGGCCUCGGACGAGACGGACGGUCGCCACCUUUAACGCUCCACACCAUGCCAGCGCCAUAUCCGUCAUCAAGAGCAAUGUCGAUACGAGUUCGGAAGAGUUCAAGGAGAACGAGCGGCUGAUGGGCGAGGCCAUGGCCCGCCUGGACGAGCUGACCCGCAGGGUGCAGCAGGGCGGGCCGGCAAAAGCCAAGGAGAAACACCUGACGCGCAAGAAGAUGCUGCCGCGGGAUCGCGUCACGGCGCUCAUAGACCCGGGGACUACCUUCCUUGAGCUGUCGCCGCUAGCUGGCCACGAGCUCUACCCAGAGGCCGAGGUGCCUGCUGGCGGCAUCAUAACGGGAGUAGGCGUCGUGGAGGGGGUCACCUGCGUGAUUGUCGCAAAUGACAGCACAGUAAAGGGGGGAACCUACUACCCCAUUACCGUGAAGAAGCACCUCCGGGCACAGGCUGUUGCGCAGGAGAAUAAGCUUCCUUGCAUCUACCUCGUCGAUUCGGGCGGCGCAAACCUGCCGCACCAGGCCGACGUCUUCCCCGACCGCGAACACUUCGGGCGCAUCUUCUUCAACCAAGCGCGCAUGUCGGCCGCAGGGAUACCGCAGAUCUCGGUCGUCAUGGGACCCUGCACGGCCGGCGGCGCCUACGUCCCUGCGAUGAGCGACGAGAGCAUCAUCGUGCAAGAGCAAGGGCACAUCUUCCUCGCCGGCCCACCACUCGUCAAGGCAGCCACCGGCGAGGUGGUCAGCCCGGAAGAGCUGGGCGGCGGCAAGAUGCAUUCCUCCGUGUCGGGCGUGACGGACUACCUUGCCGUGGACGACGCCCAUGCCAUUGUGCUCGCGCGACGCUCCAUCAGCAAUCUGAACUGGCCUCCCCACACCGCACCCACGAAUCCCGGCUUCUCCGAACCCCUCUACGACCCUUCCGAGCUCCUGGGCAUCGCCUCGACCAACCUGCGUAAACCCCUGCCCAUCCACGAAGUCAUCGCCCGCAUCGUCGACGGGUCCGCCUUCGCCGAGUUCAAGCGCGACUACGGCACGACGCUGGUGACGGGCUUCGCCAACAUCUACGGCCACCGCGUCGGCAUCGUGGCGAACAACGGCAUCCUGUUCAGCAGCUCGGCGCUCAAGGGCGCGCACUUCAUCGAGCUGUGCGCCCAGCGCGGCAUCCCGCUGGUGUUCCUGCAGAACAUCAGCGGCUUCAUGGUCGGCAAGGACGCGGAGCGGGAAGGCAUCGCCAAGAACGGCGCCAAACUGGUCACGGCCGUCGCGUGCGCCGACGUGCCCAAGUUCACCGUCGUUGUCGGCGGCAGCUACGGCGCCGGGAACUACGGCAUGUGCGGGCGGGCCUACUCGCCCAGGUUCCUCUGGAUGUGGCCGAACGCGAGGAUCGGCGUGAUGGGCGGCGAGCAGCUGGCGAGUGUCAUGGAGACGGUUGGGCAGAAGGUGGAUACCGGGCUGAAGGAGCGCAUUGACCGGGAGAGCGAUGCGGUGUUCUCGUCGGCGCGGUUAUGGGACGACGGUGUUAUCCCUCCGGCUCAUACGCGGCAAUAUCUGGGUCUGGGGUUGAAUGCGGCUCUGGGUGGCCGGAAUCUUGUUUCUCCUGGGCAGACCAGGUUUGGCGUUUUCCGGAUGUAAAUAGCGGGCCUGCCAUGUCGUGAUUAAACGUAGCAUAUUUCAAGCAUACCUGGUACCUACUAUAAUCCGGGCCAGAUGGAGGUUUGAAUUUCAUGUGGAUUCAGGGUAUGGUGCCGUUGUCCCCAACACCCUGGCUGCGGGCCGUCCCGAGGCGGAGAUCUCAAACAGAGGUGAGGGUCGUCCUCCAAGCAAUUCUCGAUUGUUAACCAGUUGCAUUGGACCUAUACAUAAGUUACCUAUAUAGCUUGGGCUGUGCAUUUCUGGCUGUGUUUUAAUUCAGAAAAUGAGCAGGGAGGUUGUUCUUCGUCAGCCUUGGACACGAUACUUUACCAUCCAGUCUCCACGAGCCCAAUACUCUUGUUGAUGAUGGUGUCUUCCCAUAGGUAACUAUUUGCAGCCAAGUGCAUGGGACCUACUACUAGGUAAAUAGUGUCAAUUCUAUC